AUGCCCACACUAGGCUCACACGAAGCGGCCGCUACGCUGCUGGCCAAGCGGGCGCUGCCGCUGUUCCCCAACGGAUUCGUGCGCAUGCCCACGCUCCUACGCCAGGCUCCCAAGCCCACGCUAGGCUCCCAAACCCACCCCAAGCCUACGUUAGGCUCCCACGCCCAUACCAAGCCCACGCUAGGCUCCCACGCCCACCCCAAGCCCACGCUAGGCUCCCAAGCCCACGCUAGGCUCCCACGCUCACCCCUCAUGCCCACACUAGGCUCACACGAAGCGGCCGCUACGUUGCUGGCCAAGCGGGCGCUGCCGCUGUUUCCCAACGGAUUCGUGCGGAUGCCCACGCUCCUACGACAGGCUCCCAAGCCCACACUAGGCUCACACGAGGCGGCCGCUACGUUGCUGGCCAAGCGGGCGCUGCCGCUGUUCCCCAACGGAUUCGUGCGCAUGCCCACGCUCCUGCGACAGGCCGACCUCAGCAAAGACAUCAAAGCGUCGGACGUGAAGCGUCAGCGGCUCGGAUCCGCAUCGCAGCCGGCGCCGCCCGCGCCGCCAGCCUUCGUCGAGCCCAUCCACUUCCCAAGCUCGCUUACCGUCACAACCACCACCAACCCACCUGCCCCUGCUGCCCCUCCCAAGGAAGAAGACAAGUACAAACCCAACUCAGUCCUCGGAACGUUCUUCAACCUCAACAAAGACCUCAUCGUCGAAAGGCCCGAGGACCGAAAGAACGACCGGGUCAAAGACGACGUCUACGUCCCCCCCAAUAACAUCGGCAGCAUAACCAUAACGCCCGUCAUCCCAGCGCAGAAGGACAAAAAACCGGUUGUGCCGGACAAACCCAAGGAAGGCUUGAUCAGGGUGAAGUCCCCGGCGGCGCUAAACGAAAUGGUGAAAAAGGAGAAAGCUAAGAAACCAGAGAAAACCAACCAUGUAAAAGAAAAACGAAUGGACACCCCGUUACACAUAGACACUAAUCUCCAGCCGAGUAAAAAAGACCCGAGUCCGAAGAAGGAUGAGAUCUCUCCAAAACAAAUAGAAACCAUGAGAAUAACUGAGAAUAAUAUCCCAAGGCCAGCCUUAGUUCCCGUACGCCAUUCCCCCACUUUCGCGAAACCGGACAAACGUCCGCCCGAAGUGAAAAAGAAAAAAGACGUAGUCAUAGUAUCCGAUGUGGACCCACUGGGUGACGUGCAAGCCGAGCCCUUCGCGGUGGACGAUAGUAGUAGUGACGUGGAAUUAGUUGAGGACUCAAAAAAUACGGACAAAAGUGAACCUAAAAUCGGUGAUAAUAAGAGUGAUACAGUGCCUUCAAAGGAUAAAGUGAGUGACUCGAAGAAAGUGAACAGUGUUAAACAUAAAGAGCGCAGCUCGAAGGAGACGAAGGAGAAACGGAGCGAUUCCUUGGACGAGACCACCAAGGAGAUCGAUAAUGUUAUGAGGGAAAUACGGGAAAUGCAGAACUCACAAGAACCAACAAAGUUGAACAGUACCUCGUAUGCAGGAGUCAUUACAAGUGCGAGGCACGAGAAGUCUUCCAAUGCGCCGCCGUUCGCGCCGCGCCCGAGUAUAUUUGGCGAGACGCGUUCUGACAAAGACAAGUUCGCAGAACGAACUUCUUUGAACAAAAUGGAUGGAUGUAGUGCCAUCACUGGUUGAAGCACGUUAAGAUGUUAAUCAUGAAGGUUGUUAUUGAAUGAUAGUCUAUUUAUCCCGGGAAGCUCGCGCUGCGGAUCCACACAGAACUUCUGAUCGACACUACAAUACACAAACGUAAGUAUUUUUAUUUAUAUUAUGAAAUAAACACGUUCCUUGUGAAUUUGUUCUCAUAUGCCUCAAAAAUUGAUGGAUCAAAAUGUGUUUCAUAUUUUACGGUCGACUUAGCAUAAUUACGCCUUAAACAAUAAGAGAGAUAAGUGACUUAAAUUGAGACUAUAAAUUGUCUACGGUAAAUCUAAAAGUCCUUUAAUGUAUCAUCUUAGUAAGUAUUCUACUUAUAAGAUUUACUUUUAUCUUCUUAGAGUAAAGGGUCAGCAAAAUUACUAUGUUCCUAUAAUUACGGCAAUUAAUGAAUGUAAAUUAAUUUCGAAUUAAUAAUUUCCAUCCUGGAUUAAAUUUGGCUUAAAUAAUUUAAAAUUAUCGUACACGCCAAAUGACACUAAAAUACUCUUUAUUAUUACGUAAAUAAGUACAUCUAGUCGAUUAUAAGUGACUACAUCACAUUUUUAGAAUUAAACUAUUAUUUGGUUUAUUUUGUAUUGUAUCUAAGAAGAAAAAACAAUAGUGAGGGGAAAGAAGUAGUGUCGAUAAAAGUUCUGUGUCCGAUAUCCGUUUGUUGUACACUGUCAGUUCUUUUAUAUACUAGGUAUGUAUAGUUCGCGCAUAUUUUGUAUAAAUGACUAUUAGUUUUAAACGCGUUCGAUCACUGAUAUAGCUCACUGCUCCACGCGUGUUUAUUAGUUAUUCACAAUGUAUAAAAGUAGAUAGAUAUAGAUUUUUUUGUUUGCGGUAUUUGUCACUCGAAUAACUAAUAAAUACAAUUAAUUACGUGUUCAAUAUGUCUAUCUGUAAGAGUCGAAAUAAUCGUGUUGUUCAGUAUUCAUUGCAACCAAAUCAGUUAAGCCGAUUUUACUUUAAAAUAUAUUUUGGUUUACUUAUACAAGUACCGUGAGGAUCUAGUGCGAGUUUCUUUAUCGAUAAGAUCGAUAUUAACAACUUGUCAAAGAAUUUUGUUACAUUUCGUACCGCUAGAUGGCGUUAGUACACUAAGUAAAAUUAUUACCAUAGUAAAAUAUUAAAAUGAAAUAAUACCUACCAGUGCUGGCACUAGAUCCUCAUGUUAUGUUGUCAAAUAAUGGAAAAAAUAUUAUUUUAAUAAUUAUGUUUAUUUUUAUUAUUCUUAUCUACUUAUUUCUUCACUUGAGAGAUCUCCGACUUGAUAUUUUCACUGCCAUUGCGUAGUUGCGUUUGUAUGGGAUUACCUAAAAUAGUUUUAAUCGUGUUCCCGGUAUUAUUUACUGUAUGAAAUAUGUAUGGCUGGUGUCAAAUGAGAUAGUCAUUAGAUACUACAUAUAUAAUAUCAGAAACAAAUGGAUGUUUUACUGUAAACCUAAAAUAAGUCUUAAAAUACGGUUAUAAUUUCGUUAAACGCUGUCGUUGGUAUUGUUCAAUUAUUUUACUAAUAGGCAAUAGCUAAUUUCCUAAGAAAUAUCUGUCAGUAUAUUCACACUUUCCAUUUCUUUACAACUCAUCUUCUCUACUCAAUCAAUUAUAUUCACAAUCUCUAUAAACACAUUAUUUUUACGCCAAAUGAUAUUUUUAUAUGGUAAAAAUAUGAAAAUACUGACAUAUUUUCAAAUAUUCAUCAUAAUAAUAUAAAUAAUAUAGUCCGUGUAAAUAAAUGUCUAUGUUGUUAUAAAAAUACUAGAAAAAGAUAUAUAGCGAAAUUGAUUUCGUAUUUGUGAAUAGGUGACCGCCUGGUUGGUAUAACCGUGGAGCAGUAUAUAGGUAUUUAUUUUUAAUACAUAAUAAUGAACCCUGUGAGAAAUAGUUUAUUUAUGUGUCUCCGAAACUAAAUUAUGUUUCGGCCACGUUCUGUUGAACGCAAAAACAUGUUUUAAUCCAAAUUCCAAAUUAUUCCCAAUGUAAUAAUUAUGAAUAAAUAUUUAUAAUGAAUAGAAAA